AUGAGACGCUACUUCUCCAAAUUCAUUCAUUCGCCAAUUGGAUUCAACACAUCAAUUUCAAUUCCGGUGAAAUUUGAGACGAGAAUAUGUAAUCUUCAAACUUUAAUCAAAGGAGAUUCUAGUCAUUAUUCUACAGAAACUUCAGUAACAUCUUGUGAUUCGUUAUCCGAAGAAAAGCCGAAAGAGAAUUCUGUUUCUGAUAUGUUGGUGGAUUCAUUUGGAAGGAUUCAUACUUAUUUGAGAAUUUCCUUAACAGAGAGAUGUAACUUAAGGUGUAAGUAUUGUAUGCCGGCUGAGGGUGUGGACCUAACUCCUACCUCUCAGGUUUUAACGAAAGACGAGAUUCUGCGAGUGGCUGAUCUGUUUGUGAGUUCUGGUGUGAAUAAGAUACGGUUGACGGGUGGUGAGCCGACUAUCAGAAAGGAUAUUGAAGAUAUAUGUUUUGAGUUGUCGAGUUUGAAGGGGUUGGAGACGUUGUCUAUGACUACGAAUGGGAUUGUGCUUGCGAGAAAACUUCCGAAGCUUAAAGAGUGUGGACUUACUGCUUUGAAUAUUAGUGUGGAUACGCUUGUUCCGGCAAAGUUUGAGCUUAUGACGAGACGGAAAGGGCAUAACAAAGUAAUGGAUUCAAUUAAUGCUGCUGUGGAUCUUGGUUAUGAUCCGGUUAAGGUCAAUUGUGUUGUAAUGCGUGGAUUCAACGAUGAUGAAAUCUGUGACUUUGUUGAGCUGACGCGUGAAAAGCCAAUUAAUGUUCGGUUCAUUGAGUUCAUGCCUUUUGAUGGAAAUGUUUGGAAUGUCAAGAAACUUGUACCUUACUCAGAAAUGUUGGAUACAGUGGCGAAACAGUUUACUAGCUUAAAAAGAGUUCAGGAUCACCCGACAGAAACGGCUAAGAAUUUCACUAUAGAUGGCCAUAAAGGAAAAGUUUCAUUUGUCACAUCAAUGACUGAACAUUUUUGUGCUGGUUGCAAUAGAUUGCGACUACUAGCUGAUGGAAACUUAAAAGUUUGUUUGUUUGGACCUUCAGAGGUAAGCUUAAGAGAUCCCAUACGGAAUGGUGCAGAGGAUCACGAGCUUAGAGAGAUAAUAAGCGCGGCGGUGAAGAGGAAGAAACCUUCACAUGCCGGUAUGUUAGACAUAGCGAAGACGGCAAAUAGGCCUAUGAUACAUAUUGGUGGAUAA